AUGAGUUCCCUGCACACAGCACGCUUCAGAGAGUAUGAUAGUCGUCGAGGAACUAUCAGAAAUGCCCUGGAUGAGCAGACUGACUAUGAACAAGUUCGCUUCAGAUGGCUUUUUGGAUUCGUUCAUGUUCGGGUAUCUUGAUGUUUCUGUUUUGUUUAAUAGAUUUUUAGCACUUCUUUGCCAUUGUCCAGGUUGUUAUUCUUUAUUCGUUUGUUCCAUUUCUUCUCCUUUGUGGUGGAAAUCAUUCCUCCUGCCCUCCAUCCCUCUUCGGAAACCAUAAAUCUCCCGUCAUCCAGACCUCUCUUCUUUGUUUGGCAAUCUUUUGCAUUGUUUGGUAAGGUCAUAAUUUGUGAUAUCACGUUGCAAUAUGUUACACUUUUUAUGUGUGCUGUAUAAUUUAGUGUUGUCUUGUCGUCGGUGGCUUUUCAUUGGACUGAAAAACUUCGCUAUAUGAGUUCCCCUGGGUACAGCGAUCGUUUUUGCCAACUCUCUCCGAUGCCUUUUGUCGCUCUUUUCUUUGUUCAUCAGGUAUCUCUAUGGUUUAUAUAAUCGUAAUGUUUUAUUUUACUUUUAGCUGUUUCUGUUCGCCUUGGGAAUCUUCUAUCUGGUUGAUGUCUUGAUCUCGGCCAAGCUGGAUGUCUUGAUCAGGAAAGGAUCCUUCUCUGACAUGAUCUCCUUCCUCAACGGAGGCAUCCUCCCGUUUUUGGUUUUCAUGGCCCUGAUGUUAUAUGUCAUCUACGGAGACUUCAGACUGUGGUGUUACGCUUGUUUCGUCCGUGAACACACCAAACUGAAGAGAAGGUUGGCCAAGAUCGAUGAAGAAAGAGGUGGGAACAGGUCGAUUGUGGAUCGAGGUCGGGUUACUGUAAUAUAAAUCGUCUUUUUUAGCUUACAAAGGGGGAAUCAGCAUGGGGAAUGUUUCGAGGGGAUCUGGCCGAAGUCUGGUGGAAUUGAUGGGGUCUGGAAGCAUCAGAGCCAAGAUUCAACGUUACAGUAAGCAUUAAUACUGAAUAUAAUAUAUCUUAUAGGACAAAGUCUUUCCCGUCAAUCCAUCACCACCGAAACAAACAACUCGUAUCUUCACAACACCUCCAGAAAGCCAGGGUUGGCUGAUCGUAUGGAUAAUGCUGGUGACAAUCCCAUGAACCCCCACAUCACGAGCUUUGGAAGUUCCCGCGAUCACUCUCUGAAUGAGUCCCGUGGCUCCAGAAGAUUGGGUUCGAUCCGCCCCACUUUGAACAGCCAAUCCCCUCCGGCAACUGUUCGUCAACUCAGGGCUCCAGGUUACACGAAUGCCGAGAACAGCGACGUUGAGUUGAUGCAUGUGUUGGAUACGAUUGGAGAAGCUAAUGAAGAGAUUCACAGCUCUUAA